UUGGCUGAGGAAAGUGACCGUGUGCAAAUAACGUGGCGUUCCAGCUCCUGAUUGGCUAGCGCUAGGAAAGGAGCGGGGUUAGUGGGCCGUGACGGUGUGCGGAUGGCCCAAUGGCUCGUCAGCAGUGGCCAAUCGUGACGGUAAGGGUGAGGACGAGAGAAAGCGCAGGCCAGUGGGCGGGGCUGUCGAUGGCUGGGGUGCGGUGCAGCAAGCGGCUGACCGGGGUGAUAGUAGAUCUGACGGACGUGUAGGUGGGGCGGCGGCGCCCUUGGGCCGCGGCACGGCGGCUGGAGGAUGGGCACCCAGGGAAGCCCAGUGAAGAGCUACGACUAUCUGCUCAAGUUCCUGCUGGUCGGCGACAGCGACGUGGGCAAGGGUGAGAUCUUGGAAAGCCUUCAGGACGGCGCGGCCGAGUCCCCGUACGCCUACAGCAACGGAAUUGACUACAAGACAACUACCAUCCUGCUGGACGGCCGACGUGUCAAGCUGGAGCUCUGGGACACGUCGGGCCAGGGCAGGUUCUGUACCAUCUUCAGGUCCUACUCCAGGGGUGCACAGGGCAUCCUCCUGGUAUAUGACAUUACCAACCGCUGGUCCUUUGAUGGCAUUGACCGAUGGAUCAAGGAGAUCGAUGAGCACGCACCUGGGGUUCCUCGGAUCCUGGUUGGGAACCGGCUGCACCUCGCCUUCAAGCGGCAAGUGCCAACAGAGCAGGCUCGUGCCUAUGCAGAGAAGAACUGCAUGACCUUCUUUGAGGUCAGCCCCCUGUGCAACUUCAACGUCAUCGAGUCCUUCACGGAGCUCUCUCGCAUCGUGCUCAUGCGGCACGGGAUGGAGAAGAUCUGGAGGCCCAAUCGAGUGUUCAGCUUGCAGGAUCUCUGCUGCCGUGCCAUCGUCUCCUGCACCCCUGUGCAUCUCAUCGACAAGCUUCCACUGCCUGUCACUAUCAAGAGCCACCUCAAGUCCUUCUCGAUGGCAAACGGCAUGAAUGCUGUCAUGAUGCAUGGCCGUUCCUACUCUCUGGCCAGCGGGGCUGGGGGCAGCAGCAGCAAAGGCAACAGCCUUAAGCGUUCCAAGUCUAUCCGUCCCCCUCAGAGCCCUCCCCAGAACUGCUCUCGAAGCAACUGCAAGAUCUCCUAGCAGAGCCAGUGGGCAUCACCUGUGCAGACUCUGGGAGGCUCACUGGGGCACUCCUGACCAGACAGUAGGCCCUACUGUGUGUAUGAAGACUUGGCCACACAGCCCUGCCUAGGAAGCGCCAGGUUUCCUCCACACCUGAGCUGAGUAGAGGGAAGGAGCGUGUAGGAGAACACGCUCUGUAGACUGCCAGAAGGGCCUGUGGGCAGCUGGGCUGCUGGUGCUACAGGGCCCUGAUCUGAACCAACCUCCGAUUUCACAGCUACCUGGGAUUGGUCCAGGAAGGACCCUAGAUCCCAUCUUAUUUAUACAGAGAACAUUUCACCCAUUUUGUAUUUUAAAGGGCGGUCAGGGAAGCCUGGAUGCAACCAUGUGGGGCACAGGGUCACAUCAACCAUGGGGCAAGUUCCACAUGUUUAGGGAAGGAGGGAUUUAUGGCAGUGGUGAAAAGAAUGGGCAAAGCUGGAUUUUUUUGGAUUUGUAUACACUUUGCCUGGGGUGUGGGAGGUACAUAGCAGCCAGUGGGAGAACAGAUGGGCAAGGGCACCCUCCAGAAGCUCCUGGCAGAUAUCUUGGCCCCAGCUUCAUUUUUAACCAGGGUGGUCAAUGUGCUACAGGCAAGAAUGUAGCUCCUGCCAACCCUCUGUGGAUGUCAUCCCUGUACAUUGGAGCACCUGCAACUCAGGAGAGAGAGAAAGUGGGGCACACCCCAAUCUUUUCCACUUUAUAGGUCCCUCCCACCCGUGACUUGACAACUUCGGUGAUGUUUACUAUACAGACUCAGAUCAGCACCUCCAGGUUGAGAAUGCAGAGCUGUUUGCAGACUUGUAAGAUGGGGCCACACCCUGCGCUCCUCUGGUGGUGUCUGGGACACUGGACACCUCUUUCCAGCCUCUUGCUCUUGGCACCUUGUGCUCAUGGACCUCAGCUGUGUUCCUGUAGCUGCUCCUUGCCUGACAUGGCCCUUCUGCCCAGGAGCUCACAUAUCAUUGGAACUUCUUUGGCCUGUUUCUUAGAGUUACAGCCUGGGACAGCAGCCUCAUCUGCUCUGUGGGGUGCAGAGAUAGACACUAAGCCCUCUCAAAGACCCAUCUGCCAGCCCCUAUGCUGGAACACAGCAGGGUCUGGUCAUCUUGCCCAUCUUGAAGCCAUGGACAAAUCCUCUACAGUGCUGCACCUACUCCUUUGUGCCCUGGGCAGACCUCUCCAUGAGGACAUCACCCUCUGACUACUCCCCUGAUGACAAAGCCCUCCAUUACACUGGUGCUCAACUCUUCUUCCUGCCCUAUGGCCCAUGGCCACAGCAGGAGCCCUCCCCUGGCCUUGGCCCUCUCACCCAGGACCCUCAUAGUGCAUGUGUCCUGAGAUGGCUCUCCUGUGGGUGGACAAUACAGCACUAUGGCAUACUGUUCUGUAAAGUGAGUCAUGCCACCAGGAAGAGGGUUGUGGCUGUGUGAGCUGCCUGACACCAAUGGCUCCCUGGGCCUGAGGCUGACCACAAGCAGGUUGGACAGAGGCAUCCCACCCACUGGACUUUACCUUUCCCCUACCCACCUGCUCCCAGCAAGGGUCCUGUCUUUGGAAUCAUGAACAAAAUCACACAGACUUUGUUUUGAGGACCUGCAUAGUCCCUUGUGCACGGUAUGAACACUACCCUGCUGCUGUUGGAUUCCAUCAUUCCUGGGUUCUUUGAACUGUUCUUAUUUCAUUGUACAGUAAAUAUAAUUCAGCUGUGA